AUGGUCUUGGUUACAGGAACUGUUCUUAUCAGAAGCAGUAAUGGCCACCUAAUGCUGGUGUCUCAACAGGCAAUAGCAGGAGCACAGAACCAGACACAAAACAACACAAGUGUGAGACCAUCUGUGCCGACCAGCACACCUGCAAUCAGAAUAUGUGCUUUGCAGAAUUCUGGCACACAGUUAGUAAAGAAAAUAGCAGCUGCUCCUGUGAAAACGUUAUCUCAAACAACAAAUGCUGUGGUUUCUACUGUUCAGACACCUGCUGUAAUACAGCCAGCAGCUGCAACAGCUACUGUUACUACAGUUACUGCUGUAAAGCCUUUGAGUACUGGAACACCUGUAAAACUUCCAGUUACAGGACCACCUGCACGAGCUAUCUCCCAAAAGGCAGUCUCUGUGAAAGCAGAGGGCACAACAGUAGCACAGACCAGCGCUUCUACAGAGAUGCUAGAGAAUGUGAAGAAAUGCAAGAAUUUUCUUGCUACACUAAUAAAAUUGGCGUCUAGUGGACCUCAAGCCCCUGAGAUGGGGGAGAAUGUGAAGAAUCUGGUGCAAAAUCUACUGGAAGCAAAAAUUGAACCAGAAGAAUUUACAAAAAAGCUGUACAUAGAACUUAAGUCAUCUCCACAACCCUAUUUAGUUCCUUUUCUCAAGAAAAGCAUGCUUGCCUUACGGCAGCUAAUGCCUAAUCCUCAAAGCUUUAUCCAGCAGUGUAUGGAGCAGCCAGCUCCAACCCAAGAAGUGGUUUCAACUUGUACCUCUGCAGUGCCAGCUCCUUCAACAGCAGCGGCCACCUCGGCUGUAGCAACAACCGCUCUUCCAGUUGUAAAACCUGUGCCUGCCUCUGUAGCAGGCACAGCCCCUCUGGUUAUCACACCAGUCCUUGCCAGCACAUCGGCAGCAGCUUCUCUGCAGGCCGUGAAGGCUGUUCCUUCCCCUGCAGCGGGAACAGCGUCGCUCAGGCACGCAGCUUCCGUCCUCACCACAGCCAUGGCAUCAUCCGGGCUCACUGCUGUCCAACCUGGCAAGCUGGUCUUCACCUCUACGGUGCCAACGCCCUCUCUGCCAUCUGCAAAGCCCGUGCUGGUCUCUACGGUGGCAUCUUCAGCAACAACCCCUCUCCAGCCUCUGAAACCAGUCAUUGGAACCCCAAUUGGUCUUAAAAUCUCGCAGCCUAAGUGCGUUGGUGCGCAGUCAGUCGGUGCUCAGCAGGUGGUUAAAGUGAAACAGCUGGUAGUCCAGCAACCAUCGGGAACCAUUGUCAAACAGGUAUCCACGCUCCCCCAGCCCUCAGUGCUCACCCUACAGACACCUGCCGAGAGGAAGAUGCCGCUGAAUACACUUGUUCAAACCAACCAGUUUCCUGCAGGUUCCAUUCUGAAGCAAAUUACUUUGCCAAGAAAUAAAAUACUGUCGCUUCAAGCAUCUCCCGUUCAGAAAGUGAAAAUUAAAGAGAAUGGAGCAACAUCCUUCAGAGAUGAAGAUGACCUAAAUGAUGUGACUUCUAUGGCUGGGGUUAAUCUCAGUGAGGAGAAUGCCUGCAUUUUGGCAGCAAACUCUGAGCUCAUUGGUACAGUGAUUCACUCUUGCUCAGAUGAACCAUUUCUGUCUUCGGAAGCUCUUCAGACUAAGAUCUUGAACAUAGGUAAAAGGCAUGACAUUAUGGAACUUAACUCUGAUGUUGUGAACUUGAUCUCCCACGCUACACAGCAGAGAUUACGAAGGCUCCUGGAAAAACUAACUGUAAUUGCUCGGCACAGAGUGUCAACCCACAAGGGGAGUGAUAAGUACAUCGUAUGUAGUGACACCAGAGCACAACUGAGGUUUCUUGAGAAGCUUGAUCACCUAGAAAAGCAGAGAAAAGAUGAAGAGGAACGUGAAAUGUUGCUUCGAGCAGCCAAGAGCCGUUCCAAUAAAGAAGAUCCAGAGCAACUGCGGUUAAAGCAGAAAGCGAAAGAGAUGCAACAGUUGGAAUUAGCACAGAUGCAACAAAGAGAAGCCAACCUCACAGCUUUGGCAGCCAUUGGACCAAGGAAGAAAAGGCCAUUGGAUUCAUCAAAUGUUGGAUCUGGGCUCGAGGGUUUGAACAGCAAUGGAAUUGCUGGAUCAUCAGGUUUUAGCCUUACGAAGCAGAUGCUGUCUCCAAGAGUAACCCGUGUCUGUCUCAGGGACUUGAUAUUCUGCAUGGAACAAGAGAGGGAGAUGAAGCAUUCUCUUCACUUGUACCGUGCUCUUUUGAAGUGAUGUGAAUCUUGCAUUUCACCGUGCUGUCUACUGCCAAAGA